AUGGAAAGUCAAGAAGCUCUCGUUUACACUCUCAUUUCCAUCCUUUUCUUUCUCCAAAUCUUGUUUUGGAAAUUACUAUGGACUCGUUACAUUACAGUUUUGUCUACGCCGCAGCUGACCCGCCACCUUAAUCCAACCAGCCACACUCUGACGGCUGAAAGCAAUGAAACUGAGUUCAUGUCUUAUAUGCUCCGUAAGUCAAAGUCCGUCAAUAAAGCACUAGACGAAGCCGUUCCUCUCUGCGAGCCAGUACUCAAGAUCCGUGAAGCCAUGAGGUACACGCUUCUCUCGGACGGAAAACGCGUAAGGCCAAUGCUUUGCUUAGCUGCAUGCGAGCUCGUAGGCGGCCAAGAGUCCACCGCAAUGCCCGCUGCUUGUGCCAUUGAGAUGCUACACGCUUCAUCUCUCAUCCAAGACGACCUCCCUUGUAUGGAUGAUGACAACCUUAGACGUGGAAAACCCACCAACCAUAAAGUCUUUGGUGAAGGUAUAGCCGUCUUGGCCGCUGAUGCACUCAUAGCUUUGGCUGUGAAGCAGAUAGCCACAUCAUCAACCUCCUCUCCAGAGAAGGUUCUCCGUGCCAUUUUGGAGAUGGCAAAAGCUGUGGGAACGGAAGGGCUCGUUGCCGGUCAAGCGGCUGAUCUUGCCGGAGAAGGGAUGAGUUUGGAGGAAAACGAUGACGUGGGAUUGAAGCAUCUUGAGUUUAUACAUAUUCAUAAAACAGCGGCCAUGCUUGAAGCGGCGGCUGUUAUAGGAGGUAUAACGGGAGGUGGGUCUGAUGAAGAGAUUGAGAGACUUCGGUGUUACGCGAGAUGCAUUGGGUUAAUGUUUCAGGUUGUGGAUGAUGUGCUUGACGUUACGAAGUCGUCGGAGGAGUUGGGGAAGACCGCCGGUAAAGAUUUGAUCGCCGGGAAGCUAACGUAUCCCAAGGUGAUGGGAGUGGAGAAAUCGAGAGAAUAUGCAGAGAGGUUGAACAGAGAAGCGCGGGAACAUCUUCAAGGGUUUGAUUCAGACAAGGUGGCACCUUUGUUGUUUCUCGCUGAUUACAUUGUCAACAGACAAAACUGA